CUCAUCCAGUUGAUUUUGAGUCACCUUACAGUACCAGACCUGUGUAGACUAGCGCAAACUUGUAAGCUACUGUAUCAACAUUGCUGUGAUCCUCUACAGUACAUUCAUCUCAGUUUACAACCUUACUGGGCAAGGAUUAAUGACACAUCUCUGGAAUACCUACAGUCUCGCUGCACUCUCAUCCAGUGGCUGAAUUUAUCUUGGACUGGAAACAGGGGAGCCAUCUCUGUUUCUGGAUUUAGCAGGUUCUUGAAAGUUUGUGGCUCUGAACUAGUACGUCUUGAGUUGUCUUGUGGCCAUUUCCUCAAUGAAACGUGCUUGGAGGUCAUUACUGAAAUGUGUCCAAAUCUUCAGGAAUUAAAUCUCUCAUCGUGUGAUAAAAUACCACCUCAGGCUUUCAACCACAUAGCCAAAGUGGGCAGCCUAAAGCGUCUCAUUCUCUACCGAACAAAAGUGGAGCAAACAGCCCUGCUCAGUAUUCUGAACUUCUGCUCGGAGCUGCAGCACCUCAGCUUGGGCAGCUGCGUCAUGAUUGAAGACUAUGAUCUUAUAGCAAGCAUGAUGGGAGCAAAAUGCAAAAAGCUUCGCAGUCUGGAUUUGUGGAGAUGUAAAAACAUAACUGAAAGUGGAAUAGCAGAAUUGGCUUCAGGCUGCCAGCUUUUGGAAGAACUCGAUCUUGGCUGGUGCCCUACGUUACAGAGCAGUACAGGCUGUUUCACAAACCUUGCGCGUAAACUCCCAAACUUGCAAAAGCUCUUUCUUACGGCCAACAGGUCUGUGUGUGACACAGACAUCGAGGAGCUUGCUGCUAACUGCACGCAUUUACGGCAGCUGGAUAUAUUGGGGACGAGGAUGGUAAGCCCUGCAUCUCUAAGAAAAUUGCUGGAGUCUUGUAAAGAUCUAUCUUUACUUGAUGUGUCCUUCUGUUCACAGAUUGAUAAUAGAGUUGUCCUAGAACUGAAUGCCAACUUUCCUAAUGUGUUCAUAAAAAAGAGUUUCACCCAGUAACUCACUACAUAUGCUGCUGUGGAAUUCGUUUGACAGAGUUGUUUCCUGUGAAUUUGUGCUGACUUUUUUUAAGAAUAUAGAUCCCCUAUGAAAUAGUGGAAAGUAUUAAUUAUCUACACAAAUGCGUAAAAUACAUUUAAAUAUAAUAUG